GCUCACAGUUACUGCUGGAUGCGAGAGCUGCGCUGCACCCUGCAUUCGCGCUCUUCUGCUGACAGCACGCACUUCAUAUAACUAUUUAAAACUGCCUUUUAAAGUUAGAUGUAAGAAUAGAAAUCUAAUACUCUGGCUAGUAUAAGAGAGUCAUUCACGUUUGAUAGUCAGAAUUCUUCUGCAUCGUGAAUAGUUCAAGAACACACUGAACGCUCUGGCACAAACGAGUAUGGACAGUUUCAGACUGUGCGGGGAAAAGAUGCUAAACAUCCUGAAGUUGUGGAUAUAAAGGAACAGAAGAACAGAGCUCAUUCAUAAUAUCCUAUGGCUUGAAGUUUCAGGCUUCUUCCCUGGCCACAGCUCAUGGAUUUCCUCACGGAGUAUCCCUACAAUGACACUUAUUAUGACAACGGGACCGGGGCCCUCAACAGCACGAGCUGUGAGGCCAAGCAUCAGUAUAACUACUAUGCCAUGCUCCUGACUCUCCUCAUCUUUGUCAUUGUCUUCGGCAAUGUGUUGGUGUGUAUGGCAGUCUCCCGAGAGAAAGCGCUGCAGACCACCACUAAUUACCUCAUUGUCAGCCUGGCGGUGGCAGAUCUUCUCGUGGCCACAUUAGUUAUGCCCUGGGUGGUGUACCUUGAGGUGGUGGGGGAAUGGCGUUUCAGUAAAAUCCAUUGUGACGUGUUUGUCACCCUGGACGUCAUGAUGUGCACAGCCAGCAUUCUUAAUUUGUGCGCCAUUAGUAUUGACAGGUACACGGCUGUUGCCAUGCCGAUGUUGUACAACACACGCUACAGCUCCAAGAGACGAGUCACCGUAAUGAUCUCGGUGGUUUGGGUGCUUUCGUUCGCUAUUUCAUGCCCCCUGUUGUUUGGAUUGAACAACACAGCUACACGGGAUGAUACCGUAUGUGAAAUCGCCAACCCCGCUUUUGUUGUCUACUCCUCCAUCAUGUCAUUCUACGUGCCCUUCAUCAUCACCCUUCUCGUGUACGUGCAAAUCUACGUAGUUCUUCGUAAACGUCGAAAACGGGUCAACACUAAACGGAGCUGCCAGAAGACAGACGCUGAUGCUCAGCCCCCUCUCAAGGAAAAGUGCACUCAUCCUGAAGAUGUGAAACUGUGCACAGUUAUCAUUAAGACCAACGGGGGUUUACCUGCUAAAAACAAGAAAGCACAACUGAUAAAGGAGGUUCUGCACCAGGGUAGUGACGUGGGGGUGGACAUCGUGGCAGGCACGAGCCCUCCCGAGAAAACGAAACUAGCAUCCACUCUGGUCGUUGACCUGCUGGCCAACCCAACCCCCAUCCAUGCCUCUCCCUCCCACGGUGAAUGUCAGUCAAAUGGAGACGGGAAAAAUGGGCACACCAAGGAGGUCCAGACCCCUAAAGAAGCCAAACCUGUUGAAACUCAGGCACUGCCCAAUGGCAAAACCCGAACUACAGUGACCAAAACCAUGAGUAAAAGGAAGAUGUCCCAGCAUAAGGAAAAGAAGGCUACUCAGAUGCUGGCUAUUGUUCUAGGUGUUUUCAUUAUUUGCUGGCUGCCCUUUUUUAUUACUCACAUUUUGAAAACUCACUGCACGAGCUGCGUGGUGCCACUGGAAAUGUACAAUGCCUUCACUUGGCUGGGAUAUGUGAACAGUGCCGUCAACCCCAUCAUAUAUACCACUUUUAAUGUGGAGUUCAGAAAGGCUUUCAUAAAGAUAUUGCACUGCUGAGGACAUUAUUCACUGCACGCAUAGAGGAGGAGAGAUGGAGAUUUUCACAAGAGGUUAGUGCCAUCUUUCACCGCCAUGUGAAAUGAGGGAUUUACAAAGCCAUGCUUUUAGGCCACAGUGGAAGAA